UAAACACCCACUGAUAUUAAUCAUUUUAUUUUUUUAAUUUUUGUAUCACAUUUCCUAUAAUGUGAACCCUGUAGGUUUCCAUAGGCUUCUCUAGUGGAAAGAAAAACGAAAGAACAGUGGGGCUCUUUAAGUUGGCUACGGGUGAAGAGUCCUUGUCUUUAGUUGUGCUAAAAAUAUAUAAAUAUUUUGGGCCAUUUAGGUCCAACACCAACAGUACCAAGACCCAAGAGCAUCCAUCCACCCACCCUCAAACAUAACAGAAUUCUAGUGAAGUGGACGCGAAGAAACGAAGCUUCCAAUCUUCAUAUGUUAUAUCUCAACCCUCUCUCCUUUGUCCAAUUCUAGUACUUAAUUCCUACUUGUAGACAAUCCAUCUCAAUCUUCUCUCUCACAUACACAUUCACUAGCAGCCAUCCUUGUUCGCUGUUUCCACUCCCAUCCCUUUUAAUUUUCUUAGCUUUAUUGUGGAAGAAACACAAACAUGAACAUGGAAGGUGGUGUCUUGCUGGUCAGAAAGGCAGAGAUAGACACAAGGGCACCAUUCCGGUCUGUCAAAGAGGCUGUCUCAUUGUUCGGUGAGAAAGUCUUAGCUGGAGAGGUUUAUGCAAGUGCAAACAAGCUCAAAAAGAGUGGAGCAAAUGAAAACGGCGUUGAUUUUUGGAGAAUUGAAAACGUUGAAGCUGAGUUAGAGGAGACGAGGGAAAACCUGCAGAGGGCAAAGGAAGAAAGCAUGGUAAUGGCCCAUUGCCUGUCUUCUCUGCAGGAAGAGCUUGAACGCACGAAGCAAGAGCUCCAACAACUGAAGCAACGGGAAACAGAGAAGCACCCGGUGGAAUCUGAAAUUGAAGAUGUCAAGUUUGUGGAGAACUUAACGACGUUUGGAGUGCAAAGUUCGAGAUUCGACCAGGAAAAUAUGGAGUUCCAAAAGAAAAGGUACGUCACGUUCGCGAAUCCGCCAUCGGUGUCUCAUCACGUGAUGCUACCGCAACACGGGGUUGAAAAGUUGGAAAGGCACCCUUCUCUCAGGAAGAAGAACAAGAAGUCGUUCAUUCCUUUGAUUGGAGGCAUUUUUUCAAGGAAAAAGGGAAGCCAAGAAAUUCCAUGAAACCAAUUUGAAUCAAACGUAAGUUCAGGGCUUUGGUUGGUUUUCCAAACAUACGCUAAGUACCAUAUAUGUUUUCGGUUUACUAAUAUGUUAAUUACCAGAAUAAUUGCCAACUGCAUUUUGUUUAGAGUUUCUUUUCUUUCUUUUUUCUCAAAAGGUAUAUUUUCUUGUCCUCUGUAACGUAACAGACUUUAAUGGCAAAUGGCCCGUACAAUGUAGUUAAACUCAGUAGCAGAGUAGCGGAAUAUGUAUGCAUGUGGAGUGUGGUUCAUGUAAUAAAGCACCAUAAUUACAAUUUCACAUUCUCAGUUUUCAUUUAGA